UCCACCCAGUCGUUAUCCACACCUGAGGGAAAUCAAGCCGGUGCACCAAUCAAAUCCUCCCAUUCUCCCUGCAAAGCUCUCAGACCACAAGGACAAACUGUCUCAACCAGCACGCUGCAAUCUCAGAGUCCUCCUUUAAGUGCUUUUUCCUCCCCUGCUCUCGCUGCAACUCUGCGUGGAUUACAGCAGUCAUGUUAAGAAACUCUGUUUUCUCCUGCUUUGUUUUCUACGGCGUGCUGCUGGUGUUAAAGAUGUACGUAAUAGCGGUCAUAACGGGACAAAUAAGACUGCGUAAAAAGGCUUUUGCCAACCCCGAGGACGCGCUGAGACACGGAGGUUUACAGUAUCACAGAGAAGAUCCAUAUGUGGAAAGAUGCCGGAGAGCUCAUAUUAAUGACAUGGAGAACAUCCUCCCUUUUCUCUUCUUGGGCGCCAUCUACUCCAUGACCGGACCUUCACUGUGGGUGGCACGGCUUCACUUCCUCGUCUUCUUCAUCUGCCGUGUGCUGCACAGCGUUGCCUACCUGCUGGCCCUGCAAGCACCGACCCGGUCCGUGGCCUACACCUUAGCUCAGAUUCCCUGUGUGUCCAUGGCCGUACAGAUCCUGAUGGCAGUCAAAUCAUAUGCCUAAAAACACUAAUAAAUCAAAAACAAAAUAAAUCCAGGAACAAGGGACUGAACUAACAGCUGUGAUCUGAGACUCAAGACGGCUCAUUAUGUGUGACCUGUGUCAGAAAGUAGUGGGAGAAGGAUUCCUGUUGCACUUCCUGUAAAGACAAGUGGAAGUGCAAUACAAGGUCUCUGAUAACACCAGUGCUGGGUUUUGAGAUUGAUUAUCAGUAUUUUUUUUUCUUCUGUCUGUUCAACAACAGCAUGAUGGAUCCUGGUAUGAUGAUUGAUAUGCUGAAAGUUUAAAUACACUUGAUGCUCUGUGUGUGUGUGUGUGUGUGUGUGUGUGAGAAACGGGUUCAGAGUACACGCCUUGCAACAACCUUCUGAGGAAUUUUCUAGCGUAUAAUUGUGUGUAAAUGUAUCUGUGAAGGCACUUGGUGAGUUUUGUAAUUUAUUCAAUUUAAUGUUUUUGAAAGGAAAACUUGUAGACAAUAAAAACUAUGCACAUCUAAGCACA